CAGCAGCUGCUUGUUGAUAAAUCUGGACUGCUGGACGAAGGCGGUAUCGUGGAGAGCGUGGGAAAGAUCGUUCCGGUAGAACCUGCGAUGGAAGUUGGACGAGACGAGAACAACCACGACGCUCUCCCUCGGCAACUGCACCAUGACGAUUUUGGACAUACGGGCACCGGCCGCCAAGAGGUGCUGCAUGACGACGAUUGGGUACAAGUUCAGGCUGUUUCGCGCUCAGAGUCAGAGAGCGAAGAAGACAUGGCUCCACAGCCUCACCACGAACCCGUCUCACAUCCAGGUACUGGGCAGCAAACACCACAAAAGGAUCAACGACUAGAUGGGGACUCGACGAUUACAGAUAGUCAACUUGAGGAAAGACCGGGCCAAUUGCUACGCUACAGAUCUGCUUCGCUUGAGGAUGCUUCGGUAAAACCGGAUGAGCACCCUGUAGAAAGCGUAAAACGACCCAUUAACUACGAGAGCGACGAUGACCUACCCCCGCAGCUUCACCAUGAUCCGCUUCCCGCCAAAAGCCCUCAAGUUUUGUUAGAACGAGCAGCGGAUAUUGUGGCUGGAGCCGCGUUCACUGAUCUGGAGAUCUCGCCUACUUUGUCACCCAUAAAGCCUCAUCGCUUAAGCAGCCACGAGAAUGACGGGCGACCUCAUCUUCAACAGCCUUCUAGUGCGCAUCCGCAACGACCCGCCCUGGACGUGAGCCCGAUGCUCCCACCAGCCAAGCUUGUUCCAGACAUCUCAGACAGCUCUGAUGAUGAACAAGCAACACCUCUCGCUUCUGUGAUGAACGCAAAUGGUGAUGGUCGCUUUUCGUAUGAAACAGAGCUCAUCGGUGGCGAUCUCUCUCCCAUUUCCUCGCAUGCAUCCAGCGACGAAGAGAGAACGCCGACGAAACCAGACGCGCAUUCAUUGCAUAUAACCGAUACGACUGCAACACCAGUAGUCGUCACGGUGGUAGACACGGCGCAGUCGCCGCGCGACAAGGCUGUGUCCGGCGAGGAUGCACUAAAAACUACCCCGCGGCCCAAGCCACAACAGCAACUCAGCGCAUAUCGUGUAGUUCACGCCGUGGAGUAUCUGCAUUCGCAAUCGUCAUUCGAGUCAUGGGAGCACGAGAGCACUGCUGCAUUGUCGCAAUCGGACGACAGCCCGCAUCUUGAUGUGCACGACGAGGCCGAGCCUCUUGCGUCUGACCUGAGCUUGGACAACGUGAAGGCGGAGGAGGCAGAAAAGGCAGAAAAGGCAUCAAUAGAAGAGAAGCCAACACUCAUGGCGGGUCGAGAUUCGCCAAACCCAGUGGUUCCGAUCCAGUCCGAUACGCCCCAGGAGGGCCCGCAACAAUCUCCGCAAUUUGGGCGCGCAGGGGCUCACAAACGCUCCGAGUCGCUCAUAUCAAAGAUAUCAUCUAUGGUGUCGGCAGAGGACGCGUCUCUCUCUCCUGUCUCGAGCUACGGCCCUCGUUCGCGUCCUCCAAGCAGUGCGGCAGGUCGUCAACGGCAGAUUCCGUCCGCUAAGGCCUCCCCAAUCCCUGUGCAGAUCGAGGAAGAACCUACUGCACCCGACCACGCCGCCAACAGUUCAAUAGACAACGAUGAUUUUGACUUGUAUGCCGACCAGAACGGGGUGGUAAAAGACGAGGAAGGCCGACCCUUGCGUGUUACGACUGACCAACCGCGCAAACCCGCUGCCUCUGCGCGACCUCCUACGUCCGGCGCACCGAAACCUACUUCUCUUCCCGCGCCAAUGGAAGAGGCGCCGGGGCGGUAUAGCGAUGAACGCCCAAUGAGUUUUGUUUGGGGUCCUCGAGAUGCGAAUGGCCGGCCGCAGGAUGAAAUCAAUCGUCCUGGUGGAGGCAACCAGGAUCAAUCCCCGCCGCGCGUCCCUAACACGCGGGUCCAACGAUCCAGCCAGCUCCGCAUCGCUCCCAUCGUGAAGCAAAAAGCUCAAGAUACCGGAACUCAAUCGAACGGGCGACUGCUGGAGCAACCUUCUCAGGGCGAAUUGGGGAGUAAAAAUGUCUCACCAUUAAGCAGCUAUCGCGAGAGCAACAAGUCCUCGCCACAUAACAAUGUCCCGAUCUCCCCACCUCCUGUCGCCGUCGCCAAGGCAUCUUCUCCUCCGCCAUCUACAAUAUCUGAGCGACCACAUCUUGAAAGUCCGAAGACUUCCAAUCGCCAGCCAUCGCCACCAAAGUCACCUGAUCCGCGAUUGAUCCAGGAUCCACGCGUGAUGAUGGAGGCACAGAUGCAGAUGCGGGGGUGGACACCUGGUCAACCAAUUUCACAGGACCCUCGACUACGACCAAGUAAUCCUGCUCAGGUUCACAUGCACGGUCUUCCUCAAAGCCCGCCUACAGCCCCAAGGAACCAGUAUGAAUAUCAACAGAUGAUGGCACGCCAAGCCAUGCAAGCACCCGAGCUCAAGUCAUCGACACCACCUGGCAUGCACUCGAGCAAGAGAGAGGAUAAAUUCUCGAUACCCAAGUUUUCGUCAGUCUUCAAAGGUCUAGGCAAAUCCAGCGCGAACCUCUCGCAGGCCUCGAAACCGCCACCGCUACGGCAGCAACCUAUGCAGCCGGUUCCGCAACAGAUGCAACAGGUCCAAAGCAAAAUGCACCCGCACCCGAACACUGCAGCCGAUAAUGCGAGGCGGAGCGCUUCCCUUCAGUCCGGCGUGAGCGAUAUGACUCCCCCGCAGAUGCCUCCGACGAAAGAGCGCAGAUCGAGCGCUUUCGGUCUCAAUCGACCUCCGAGCUUUGGGCAAGAGUCACAUAACAGUCAGGACAGCACUAGGGUCCAGGCUACUGGCUCCAGGCUGGAUUUGAGAUAUCCUGCGAGUCCUCCGCCUUCUCAAGGCAUACCUCCGCAACAACCCCCUCAGCAUGUCCUGCAAAACGUGCAGAAUGUUCCCAGGCCACAGGACUAUCAAGAUUCUAGUUCGGGUGUGUCGGAGACCAGCGGCAAGAAGAAAAGGUUCUCGUCUCUCGGCAACAUCUUCAAUCGCAGCGCAACGAGUGGUCCUUCGUUCCCGACCAAGCAGAAAAUAAGCAAAGAAGAGAAGAAGGCGCAAAAGGCUCAAAAACAUUCCAGUGCGAUGCCUCUCCAGUCAAUUCCACAUGAUCAACCAUGGCCGCCUCAGCAGCCUGUGGACCCACGUCAACACGGUGCUAUUCAAUAUGGUCCACCUCCUAUCGCAAGACCAUUCCCAGGAAUGCAAGGCGUGCCACUACAGCCUAUGCAGAUGCAAUUCAUGCAGCAGCACGCUGUGUCGCCGGUUUCUCCGCAAAGUAUGCAAAUGCAGUCACCUAUGACGCCGCAGAGCAUGCAUCCUCACGGGAUGCUUCAAUCAUACACCCAGGUUCCUCCAGGAUUCCAGCAUCCGGUCCAAGGACCGCCAUCACAGUUUGCACCACAAUUACAGAGCCCCCCUGGUGCUCUGGAGGGUUCUGCCUAUAUGAACACUCGACAAAUCGCCCAGAUGAUGCAGGCGCAACGCUUGCAAGAACAAAGCAGACCAACGACCCACCAUUCAUCUCAUACCGCGCAUCCAAGUAUCCCUACAGCAUCGAGCUUACCGCAUCCUGCACCGAGACCUGAGGAAGCUAUUCCUCCUGCUUUCAACGAGUAUUUCAAGCCGGAUCUCAAGAUGAUCAAACCUCUUCCACCUAUUCAGCCGCAACCUGAACAACAUACUUCAUAUCAUCAACAUCCGCCACAGCCACAGUCCCAUUCAGUAGUUCAGCAGCCGCCCUACAACUCUCGCAGUGUGUCUGCUCCAACCACUGUUCCCUCUGUCGAUCAAACAUCCCACGUUUCACAGCGGCAGGUAAGCUCACCUUUGCAUGAACCGCAAUACGACACUCCACAGAUCCCGGCAGCGUAUACACAAGUCACGGGUGCCUUUGUUUCGCCUAGCUUGGAGCAGGGACCUUCUCGCGCGGAAGAGUCGGCUGAUGCUCGAUCUUACAGUCGGCAAUAUUCGGACCCACUUAUGCAACCCAUCUCACCCCAGGUCUCCGCUAUGGCGACGUCACCCCCUAAUCUCCGCCAGAACUCUAGUGACUCUGUUGUCUCCCCAAUCUCAGAUCCCUCGCCUGGUCCCAUGACUGGUCCUUCACCACCACCGAACUUAAGGCCUCAGAAGCAAAGGAUGACUAGUAUUACGGAGCAGGUCCAGUCGGAGCGGCCUUGGAAUUUGGAUCUACCCCACGGAGCCACAGAGCAGGAGAUUGUGCGCGCACGCCAGCGACAGUAUAUGGAACAGCAGCUUGCUGCACAGGAGCAAUUGCAUGCUGAACGCACUGGUCGGUCACCGUCGCCUCGUUCAGGGCAAAGCCAACGGUCGGCCAGUCCUCCACCACCAGCACCAACUCAAGCGCAGCCUCCACACAGGGAAAGCGGAGGAUUUCGCGAACUACUUCCUCGCAGUUCGCCCCAGCCUUACCCUAUCACGGACGAGCCGGAAACUCAGAGGUCGCAGUCUCAAGAACAACAACUGCCUAGUCCUCCGAUUGCUCCUGCGCCCGUUCAUCCAGGACAGUCUCCAUUUUUCAGUCCAGCAGGUUACCCUCUGCCGAUGUCACCUGACCCACCCAACAUCAGGAGCCCGGUGAACCCCGCGGCAAGCAUGAUGCCGCCUCCGCCCCUUCCCGCGAAAACACCCCACACCCCCUUGAACGCCUCCUUCCCAGACUUCCAUACAACACGGCCAAUCUCGCAAGACGCAGCCUCAGACCACACUCACGACUCCCUCUAUGACCCACCCCCACCCGCACCCGCACCCGCAACCUCAUAUCAGCUCCCCGCCCACCGCGGCCAGCCAGACUACGACGACCUCGCCCCCGCAGACGAGCCCCCGCCCUACUCCGGCCCCGGCGUCCCGCACGAAGGCAUGGACAAGGAUGGGGUCCGCCCCCGCCCACCCGACAUCGUAACUGAUCGCGGCCGUCUUCUCGAACCGCGCCUGCGUCAAACCUCGCUGGGGAUCCUGCAGCACCCUCAGCCCGCGUCCAUGGCCGCCUCGCCCCAGCGCUCCUCCGCCGAUAUGGGCGCCGACAUUCUCCGGCGGCAGCUUCUCGAAGUCGAGGAGCGCGAGCGCGCCGACCGCAUGCAACAGGCUGAGGCGCGGCGCGUGGAGUCGGAGCGCGAGCGCGCGGAGCGUGAACGCGCCCGAGCCCGAGCGCGCGAACUCGAGCGCAGUGUUUCUGGCGGGGGGCGAGUGGGCAGCUUGCGCAGCGCGCAGGGCAGCACGCGGAACAGCACGGGUGGGUUUGAACGCGGUGGAAGCACGAGGAGAGCGGUGUAUGAAUUGCCGGCUGAGGAGGACGACGAGCCUGUCAUGCGGGCGACGAGUUUUCCCGGUCAGGAGUGGGUGCCUACAUGGACUGAAGACUAAGCCAGGCACGUUGGGUUGGAUUGGGCUUUUCGCACCGCACAAUGUUCUUUCCUGUGUUGCUUGGAAAAAUUUCUCGCAUUGUACUUUUUACUGUCUGAUUUAUCUGUAGCAUCAUCUGGCAUUUCUUUUGUCUAUUCUGAGAGCGGUUGGAUGACGACGGAAGAACGUCGUCCUGGCCGUUCUGGUUUUCUUGGUUGGAGCUGGAUACCCCAUGUUUCGAUUCGAUUCGUUAACUCUCUGUCUGGCAUUCUUCCUUCAUCGCGCGUCAGUGGAGCGUUCGCGCGGACAUUGUAACCGCACAUAUAAUCUAUACAUAAUGUUUCAAUUCAUUGCUCGC